UAAAACCCAGGAUUGGUGCAAACUAAACUGAAAUUUACCUGGCAAGCUAAUCCAGCUUCAUGGUACAGGUCCCUGAUUUAUUUAGGAGACGGCUAUCUUGUGGACCUUUGUAUUAUGAGUGAUAGGGCACUUCACGGACACAGCUGUUUUGCUCACGUCUCUCAAACGCAGAACCAGGAAAUUACAUCAACUCUCCACUUCGAAAACAAAACUUCAGUGCUGUUUAGCUGUAGUGUGUCUCUGUGCAUGCAGUGAAAUGGCUGAAGCCAGGUUUUCUCAUGACCAGUUCAGAUGUCCAGUGUGUCUGGAUCUACUGAAAGACCCAGUGACUAUUCCCUGUGGACACAGUUACUGUAAUAGCUGCAUUACAGACCACUGGAAUCAAGAAGUUCAGAAGAGAGUCUACAGCUGCCCUGAAUGCCGACAGACCUUCAGACCAAGACCUGCUUUAAAUAAAAGCACCAUGCUGGCUGAAGUGCUGGAGCAACUAAAGAAGAGUAAACUCCAAACUGCUGUUCCUGCUGGACCUGGAGAUGUGAAGUGUGACGUCUGUACUGUGAGAAAACACAAAGCUGUGAAGUCCUGUCUGGUGUGUCUGAACUCUUUCUGUCAAAAUCACCUUGAACAACAUGAGAAUCUCUUCAAAGGAAAGAGACACGAUCUAAUAGACGCCACUGGACGACUUCAGGAAAUGAUCUGCCAUCAACAUGAAAAACUACUGGACGUUUACUGCCGCACUGACAAGCGAUGCAUUUGCAUGGUCUGUAUGGUGGAUGAACACAGAAAUCACGAGACUGUAUCAACUGCAGCAGAGAGGACAGAGAAACAGAACGACUUGGUUGAGAGACAAAGAGAAUUCCAGCAGCAAAUCCAGGAGAGAGAGAAGAAGCUUCAGGAGCUGAAAGAGGCUGUGAAGGCUCAUAAGCGCUCUGCACAGACAGCAGUGGAGGACAGUGAGAGGAUCUUUACUGAACUCAUCCGCUCCAUUGAGAGAAGACGCUCUGAGGUCACACAGAUUAUCAGAGAUCGUGAAAAGAUUGUAGUGAGUCAAGCUGAAGCACUUAUGGAGCGAAUAAAGCAGGAAAUUGAUCAGCUAAGGAGGAGAGACGCUGAACUGCAACAGCUUUCACAGACACAAAAUCACACUCAUUUCCUCCAGAGUUUCCCGACUCUCCCUGUUCCUCCUGGAUCUCCAGAUGUUCCCAGCAUCGCUGAUGGUUCUUUGGAUGUUGUAGGAAAAUCAGUCUCUAAACUGAGACAGAAACUGGAGGAUUUCUGCAGAGAAGAGACUGAAAAACUCGCUGGAAGAGUGAUAUGCAUCCAGAUCAUUCCCACCCCAGAGUAUGAGAGCAGGAAAGACUUCCUACAGUAUUUCUUUCAGUUCACUCUGGAUCCAAACACAGCACAUCAACGCCUCUAUUUGUCUGAGAAGAACAGAGUGGCGGCUUACAACACUAUACUCCAGAAGUAUAGUGAUCAUCCAGGCAGAUUUAGUUAUUGGUGGCAGGUGUUGUGUAGAGAGAGUGUGCAUGGACGCUGUUACUGGGAGGUUGAAUGGAGUGGGAUUGGAAAUGUUGAUGUGUGUAUAUCAGUGUCAUAUAAGAGCAUCAACAGGAAGGGAUGGGGUUAUAAAUGCAAAUUUGGAAGUAAUGAUCAGUCCUGGUGUUUAAUCUGCUCUCCUUCCAGUUACACAUUCUGUCAAAAUAACCAGCAGACUAAACUCUCUGUAGUGUCCAGCUCCCGUAGAAUAGGAGUGUAUGUGGAUCACAGUAUUGGCAUUCUGUCUUUCUACAGCGUCUCUGACACAAUGACCCUCAUCCACAGAGUCCAGACUACAUUCACUCAGCCUCUCUAUCCUGGGUUUUGGAUUAAUUUAUCAUAUUUUAAUAGAAUAUUUGGAUUAUCUGAAUAUCCAACAGUGCAACUGUGUGACAAAAUAUAGAUGGUCCAGGGAUACUGAAUUGUCUAAAAUAGUGAGUGGGAUCUGACAAGAAUGCAUAGUAACAGUACAUACUCAUUAAUGUAUACAGAUUUGAUUAAAUGAAGAAAAGAUGAGAGCAAAGAUCUUCAGAUUUUCAGUAGGUCUCACACAUGUAUGUGAGAUUACUGUCAAUAUUUCAUGCUUUUCAUGUUUAUUGCAUUUCACAUAUUAAGGUGUUAGAGGAGUUUUUUUCCUCUAAUAUAUAGGCAAGGCAAGUUUAUUUAUAUAGCACAUUUCAUACACAAUGGUAAUUCAAAGUGCUUUGCAUACAAGGAAUUAAAAUAAUCAUAACAAUAAUCGUAACAAUAAAAGCAAGGAAUUACAAUUUUAAAGUGAUUUAAAAAUUGUUUUAAAAUGAAUUAAAACAGUUAAGAAUAAAAAAGGAGGACACAUAAAAUACAGUGCAAUCAGUUCUGACGUAGCACAGUGCACAUUCAGUAAAUGCACAGCUAAACAGAUGUGUUUUGAGUCUAUAUUUAAAUGUGCGAUGGUAUGGUCGAAAGACUGAAUCGAACUUUGAAAGACCAACUCACCAAGUACAUUUGUGAAAGUGGGGGUGAAUGGGAUAAAUAUCUCCCUCAGGCUCUGAGCCUUCUGUGGUUGGUAGUGCUGAGGCCCCUUCUUCAGUUCCCCUCACUGCAUUGGUGCUUUACCCUUUCGACCGUUUACACCACCGUAUGUGCCUAACCUAAGUGUAAAACUGACAUCUACUAAUGCAAGGACUGAAUGUUCAAAUCCAACUGCUUUGUUAUCUGAACCUGACAUUGUGCCAAGUCUCAGUGGUCCCCCUGGGCCCUCUAAGGCCCCGGACAGGGCCAUAUUGCCUUCAGCGGAUGAAUCACAACUAACCCGUAGUGACUGCAUGGUUAAAAAAUACUGAAAAGUUUAAAUAUUUUGUUUGUUGAUGAGUUAUGUACAUAUUGGUUGUUUGUACAUGGUGCUUUCACUGUACUGUGUGUAAUGCACAUAAGUUUUCCAAUGGUGUUGUGUUAUAGGAGUGGGAUACAGAACAAUGUGUUCUAAGGUUGUUUAUGUAAUUUGGUAUAUUGCAAUAUUAUGCACAAAUUUUGAUGCAAUACUGCACUUAUGCAAUGUUCUGUCACAUUAGUUGUUGUUACUAUGCAAAUGAGUCAGCAUUAUUUGAGAAACGAGGACGUUUCUUUGUUAAGCAGGGGAAGACUGUGACAUGUUGAAUUUGUAACCUUAUGCUGACUUCAUUAUUUUAUUUUACAUUUUGUCAAUUCAUGGUUUAUAUAUAAGAAAUGUUGAAAGAAAUAAGAAAUGUUGAUUAAUCUAUUUAGUAGGAUUUUCAUGUAUUUUAAGUUUUAUACAUGUUUGUUAAAAAGAUAUGUCGGGCGCCUGCCCCUUUCAAGCGAGAUGAGUGUUGUGUGUUCGGCUGUUCAUGCUGUUAAGCCAAUGCUUCUGAUUAAAAGAAGAAACUUGAAUUACAGUGCCCUCCACUAAUAUUGGCACCCUUGGUAAAUAUGAGCAAAGGCGGCUAUGAAAAUAAAUCUGCAUUGUUUAUCCUUUUAUCUUUCAUUCAAACAAUUCUCAAAAUUCCAACCUAUCGUUGAAGUAAAAUAAUUGAAAGUGGGGGGAAAAUCUCAUUGUGAAAUAAAUGCUUUCUCUAGUACAUGUUGGCCACAAUUGUUGGCACCCAAUUAUUGCAAUGUCCUUUUCCCAGGGUAACAGUUUUCUCCUAUAAUGCCUGAAGAGUUUGGAGAACACCUGAUAAGAGAUCAGAGACCAUUUUCUUCAUACAGAAUCUCUCCAGAUCCUUCAGAUUCACAGCUCCACAUUAGUACUUCUUCUCUUCAGUUCACCCCAAUCAUUUUCUGUAGGGUUCAGGUCAGAGGACAGGGACAGCCAUGGUAAAAGAUUCAUUUUGUGCUUUUGUGCUUGAGUUUUUAUGUUUAUUUUGAUUGUUUUGGAUUGUUGUCCUGGUGGAAGAUCCAAACGGUUGCAUUAUAAGAUUUCUAACAGAGGCAGUCAGGUUUAGAUUUUUUAUCCGUUGGUAUUUGAUAGAAUCCAUGAUGCCAUGCAUCUGAGCAAGAUGUUCAGGACCUUUGGCAGGAAAACAGGCAGACAGACACACACACACACACACAUAACUUCACACAUCUAAAGCUUCUUCAAUAUCUAAAUUUUUAACAAAGUCCAAAAACACCUCCCAGAUAUAAACAAAUAAAAAUUCAGAGGGUUUCUUAUUACAUAUGCAAACCUUUCAAGAGCCAAACAUGUUAUUACGUUUUUCAGCCACAGUCCAAUGGAAGGGCAAUUGGUAUUUUUUCCAGCACAGAGCAAUAGAACGUCUUGCUUGUAAUAGACACAAAUCCACCAACUUUCUUUCUUUAGUGGACAAAGAGCAAUUGUCUUCAUACAUGCACACAAUACAGGACAUAGAGGAAUUGGAGAGGAAGUAAAUUGAGAGACAUACUGAGUCACCCCGACCCAAAACUGCUGCACCUCCUCACAUUCCCACGCACAAUGGAAAAAUGUACCUUGAAGCUUAUUGCAUUUAAAACACAGAUCAGAGAUAUUAGGGUUAAAUAUAUUUAAUCUUACAAGGGUUAUAUAAAUUCUCAUUACCCAAUUAUAUUGUAAGAGUCUCACCCGAGAGUUCAAAGUUUGUGUUUGUGCAUUUAAACAAAUUGUAUUCCAGUCAUCUAAUGAAAUAUCCAUAUUUAUCUCUUGGAUCCAUGCUUGUCUUUUAUUUUCAGGGCUUUCUUUAUGAUUUUCUCUUAGUAUGCUAUAUGACUGGUUAAUCCGCCCUUUAAUGUAGCAAUCUUUCAAUGUCAAUGUUUCCAAUUUCGACAUUGGGGGGAGUUGUGAAGAAUUCUUUAAACAUGUAAAACUUCUAAAACUUCUGAGUAGCAAAUACUUUUAAAAAAAUGUUUCUGAGGUAUGUGAAAUUUCGUUACAAGAUUAUCAAAUGAUAUUAAUAUAUUAUCUUCAUACAAAUCUUUCAAUCUAACCAUGCCCUUAUUCAUCCACAACUUGAACCCCAUAUCCUUUUUAGCUGGGCUGAAAUGAUCAUUUCCCAAGAUAGGAGAAAAGCAAGAAAGCACUGGGAGGUCUCCAAGAUAUUUAUGGGCUUCGUACCAGAUUACCUGUAUGCAUGUUUAAAUUUCUUCAGGUUCUCUUAUUCUACAUAUGGAUCUUGGUCAUUCUGCUUUAUUUUGACUUGUACAGUAACUAUGAAAAUGGCAUAAAAUAAAAUAUAAAAGUAUUUCUGCAAUAACAAUGUAAAAAUGUAAAAACUGAAUACUGUAUCCCACAAUGCAGUGGACUUAUUUGACUGCCAAAAUAAAAGUUGGUAAAAAAGAAAAAAAAAAUGAU